UGGAUGAAGGAUUCCAGCGGAGCGAGGAGGGACUUUCAGGUGUUGGAUCAGGAUAACCACAGGUCUGUGCUCAUUCAUACACGCACACACUCAGACCGGACUGAAGGGCAGCUGAAGAGAUGGACAGAUGGUAACAGGAGGUAGACGAGGCCCUGGGCAGACAUGGACCUACAUGACCUCUCUGUCUGACUGUUUAACCUCCUGAGGACUCGCCUGUGACAGAACAGAUGACCUUUCAUCGGAGCUGAAAUCCAGCACAAGUUGGAGGGAGUUCACUUCAAGAGUUGGAUACGACCGAGGGCACUAUGGAUAUAUACACAUGUUUAAUCUUGCUUUUCUUCGGUUUUCCUCCACAAGUUUCUUGUCAGGUUUUACCUCGAGCUAAUGCUGAGGAGAGGCUGCUCCACGACCUCUUUGUGCGUUACAAUAAGCUCUCCAGGCCUGUGGAGAACACCACAGACACGGUGCUCGUCCACUUUGGGCUGUCUAUUGCUCAGCUUAUUGAUGUGGAUGAAAAGAACCAGAUGAUGACCACAAACGUCUGGGUCAAGCAGGAAUGGAACGAUUACAAACUCAGGUGGAACCCGGAGGAUUACGAAAAUGUCACCUCCAUCCGCAUCCCCUCGGAGUUAAUUUGGAGGCCUGACAUCGUCCUCUAUAACAAUGCUGAUGGCGACUUUGCAGUUACUCACCUUACAAAGGCUCAUCUGUUCUACGACGGUCGAAUCAAGUGGAUGCCGCCAGCCAUUUACAAGUCUUCAUGCAGCAUCGACGUAACCUUCUUCCCCUUUGACCAGCAAAGCUGCAAAAUGAAGUUUGGCUCGUGGACUUAUGACCGAGCCAAGAUUGACCUGAUCACAAUGGCCAGCAACGUGGACCAGAUGGACUACUGGGAGAGCGGGGAGUGGGUUAUUAUCAAUGCGGUGGGCAAGUACAAUACAAAAAAAUAUGAGUGCUGCGUAGAGAUCUACUCAGACAUCACGUACUACUUCAUCAUUCGGAGGCUCCCGUUGUUCUACACCAUCAACCUUAUAAUCCCCUGUCUUCUGAUCUCCUGUUUGACCGUGCUGGUGUUUUAUUUGCCAUCACAAUGUGGAGAGAAGAUCACCUUGUGUAUCUCAGUGUUACUUUCCCUCACAGUGUUCCUCCUGCUGAUCACAGAGAUCAUACCGUCAACAUCACUGGUGAUUCCCCUCAUUGGUGAAUACCUGCUGUUCACCAUGGUCUUUGUCACGCUCUCCAUCAUUAUUACUGUCUUUGUGUUGAACGUUCAUCACAGGUCACCUCAAACCCACAAAAUGCCUCACUGGGUGCGGAGAGUAUUCUUGGACAUGGUGCCUCGGGUUUUAUUCAUGAAGCGUCCGCCAGGCACGGCCAAGCAGCACUGCAAGAAGCUUAUCGAGAUGAUGAUCCGACCUGCCACCAUAUCUGCGACGGGAAACUCGCAGGCCUUUUGGUCAGGGUUAGAGACAGGGUUCAGGCAGAUUAGCCAUGUGGAGAAUGCACUCCCAAAGACUCCAUCUGACAGUCCAAGCAUUCUUGUCUGCUCACCUUCUCCAGCUUCAUCCCCAAUCGAGGGCUGCAAUGAGGAUGAUCACUCAGUGAAGGCCAACAUUUUCUGCCGGACCACAUCUGGUCAGUAUUCAGUUCUCUCAGAUAAACUUUCCCUACGUGGAACAUCUGCAGCCUCUUCUUCUUCCCAAUUGUCGUUACCUCCAACGUUACCAAUGGGUCCAAUCCACAGUCUCACCAGGGAAGAAUCCAGAUUGCUGGCCCCGAAUGGCCGCUCCCACAGUGCAGAGCAAAUGUGCGACCAUCAGAAGGAGCUUCCACAGAGAGUCGGACAUCGUUGCCGUUCCCGCAGCUUCCAGUACUGCUGUCUGCAUGAUGAAGGGUCUGGGGUCAUUGGGAUCAUAGGACAGGUGAAGAGACAAUCCCCCUCAGAUCACAUAACAGAAACUCUCACAGCAGGGACCACUAGAGACGCAAGUACCCAACAGGACGCUGUGGUUACCUCCAUUUCUCCAGCUAUGCAACGGGCAAUAGAGGGGGUUCAGUACAUCGCAGAUCAUCUCAGGGCAGAGGAUGCAGAUUUUUCAGUAAAGGAGGACUGGAAGUAUGUGGCCAUGGUCAUUGACAGGAUAUUCCUCUGGAUGUUUGUACUGGUGUGUAUCCUGGGAUCUGUUGGACUAUUUCUUCCACCUUGGCUGGCUGGAAUGAUCUAAAAUAUGUCAUUGAAGAAGGAACCCAAACGACAACUUCCUGUCACAUAUUGUAAAAAAAAGCAAUGUUUUAUCAUUUUUCUUAUUUUCUAUUUUUCAAAGGAACUACAUGUCACACGGUCUUACUCUUGCCCCAGGAUAUCAGAAGGUUACCGAUGAAGGAGAGAGAUUAAUUAUCUAUCAUUGAUUCCAGUGGGAAUAUAAAUUCUUUAUGAGGGCAAAGGCCAACAGAAGAAAAAUAUCCAUCCUCACCACUUCACUUUGACAUUGAGCUGAGUAGCUCAGACUGUGAUCGUCAUGAAAACACAGAGGGAUAGACUUUGACCCAUUUACAACAGCAGAAACACACAAGAGAAUGGACGUUAGAUAUUUACAGUAUUGAGAAAGACUAGGUUUAAAUCUCAAUUUUCUCUACAUUCCUAGCACUAUAGGAUCUAUAAAGUACACUAAUUGUAUCUCAACAGUGGCACAGUUGACUGUGCAGUGUCCUACCAAUGAUCCAUAAAAUAUUUGCUUUUCCCUGCACUGUUGUCUAAGAAGUCAAAUUCAGGAUAUAUGCUUGGGAACAAGUUUGUAUGUUCUCAGGUGUAACAAGAGCAUAAUUUAUUUCUCAGAAACCAUCAGCUGUCAUCUGCUGAUGAUAUAGCCUUUGGGGGAAACCAUUUUUCUUGGCUUCAGGUGUAGCCAGCGGAUAUCCAGUUCGCCAAAAAUGGAUAUCCAUUCCAAGACUUCUUUUUUAAAUGCUGGUAAAUUUUGUUUACAGUAGGACUAGAAACAUGAGAUGUCUAUAACUAAUUUUUUUUUUUUUUCACAUACAUUAAAAUGUCUUCCCAUCCCAAGAUUUUAACCACCACCCUUGGCAUCUUAUAAAGGUACACAAAGUCAACUCUUUGCUGUCACCUGAGACUCAAACCCCAACCCUUAUGUUGUUUAACCAAUCCAUCACCCCUGACCAUCACCACUCACUCACGUUAUUAGCUUCUCUGCUACGUUUGUAGCUCUUACAACUAUGUCUGCUGAAUGGUUCACAAUUAGGGGAGUUGAAUGACCGGUGAGUCUCACUCAGAUACAAGAAAGCACCUCGUAUGACAGGUAAAAGGUACCAAGUUAAGGUCCAGUCCCUUUUACUAGCCUGGUGUUGCUGCACGUUUUGACAAAUAAAGGCAAGCCUCAGUUAGAGGCACCUGCAUUUAGUAUUGAAAUAAUUUGUGAAUAAAAAAAUGAGAAAAGCAAGACACAAAACAAUAAAUUGUGGAAAUAGUCCUUUCCAUCUUUGCUGUCUACGAGUUUUGUUCAGAAAUAAUUAAGGAACGCCUUGUAUUGAUGCCUGUCUCAAAUAAAUGCAGGGUCAUUUCACAUACAUCGAGUGAAUAAAGGCCCGGGCUGUUUAUUUACGUUUUACAGUGUAUAUAUAUUGUUUUUUAAAGUUAGCUGAUGGGUUCUUUUAUUGCAUAUUGGACAAUGCUACCUCCCUCUCUUACUCCACACAGACAGUAGCACUAAAGCCCGCUCAAAUGUGAUUGGUCAACAUAAGUCAGAAUGCAAACAGAAACACUUCAGACCUUGCCUGUAUUCAUAUGCACAUGGCGCACACAUUAACUGUAAUUUUCAUAUCCUAGCAGUUUUUAUUAACACACAUAUUCAGUAUUUAUUUUAGCCAUAAUUUAUGUGGUUUUAACAGAAUGAGAUUCACCCCCCUCCCCCAAACCCAAGCCCCCUAAAAAGGAAAGAGCAUGAUCAAUGUUUGUAUUGGUUGAUAAAUGAGAUAAAUACGAGUGGAAUGAUUUUCCUGUUUUGUUAUUUUUGUAAAGCAUGAUUUUUAAGGCCAUAGAUACCAAUUUAAAAAGUGAAUAUGUAGAAUGAAAUAAUAUCAUUAAAUGACUACCAAAUGUAUUUUAUAACCAUGUAUACGGUUAUGUUAAAUAAGCAGAACCAGCCUCUGCUACAUUUGACACACACAGUACUAUACAAGCAGAUCUGAUGAGAAAUGUAAUGGAUUUUAUGUUGUGGAAACAAAAAGGCUUCUGGCAGUGACAGAUAGUGGAAGUCGCUGCAGGCUGAUAGUGAAGUCUCUUCUGAAUGUUUAUCUUCUUCAGAGAAACAAAAGCCAAACACAUCGAGAGAGCUGCCAGCGAGCGGAGACGUGACAGAGUUUGUUCCUGUAAGACACCUCGGCGGUAUAUAAGGACAGAAUAAAUGUUGUUAACCCACCAUCAUACAUGGAGGAAUAUUAGAGAGACUCGUUUGUAAAGGACAGUUUAAUUGAGCCUAUCUUGAUUCUUCUAUCUAUCAGGGCUGAGCUUCAUGUACACUAAAUGACACUUUCUCAUACUUCAAUGACAGAAAAGAUUGUUU